GAAAGUAGAGUGUUACGAACAGUACCUCUUCUAACUGCUUGUCUUCCUGAAGACAAAUGUAAAGUCUUGAUUGGACGACGCUUCUGUGAAGACAGGUACCCUGAAUUAGCAUCCAUGUGCAAAAGUUCAAAUACCUUAAUACUGUAUCCUGGAGCUGGAGCAACAAAUUUGGAAGAAAUGGAUUUGAGUUCCACUAAUUCCUAUGCGAUCAUAAUCAUUGAUGGAACAUGGAGUCAAGCAAAAGAUAUAUUUUCAAAGAAUCCCCUUUUUCAAAUACCCAAGCAGGUACAACUGAAAACCAGCUUUUCAAGUCAGUACAUAAUUCGUACCCAGCCCACAAAUGCAUGCCUGUCUACACUUGAAUGUGCCGCUAUUGCCCUAGCCAUCGUGGAAAAAAAUGAUGCAAUUAAAGAGACUGUACUUCGUCCUCUUCAAGCUCUUUGUGCUUUCCAGAUCCAGCAUGGUGCCCAGGUCCAUCACAGCAAGGAGCAUCUUCUUAAAAAUGGUUUAUAUGACAAACCAAUGCCAAAAAAUAAACGCAAGCUCAGGAGAAUGGAACUUUUAGUGAAUAAUGUUAAAAUUUAGGGGUGUCAUAUAGAUUUAUUAUGAAAGAUUUUUAUUCCUUUUAGCUAAUGAAGUGGAGUUAAUUAUGGAUUUGAUCCAAAUAAAAGUAUCCUAAAAUGAAACACAUUCACCUGGCUCCCUGCCCAGAAUUCAAGACUGAUAUAAAGGCAAAAUGCCCGGGAAGCUUUUCGAAUUUCUGUCUGAAUUUUUCAUGAUAAUGAUGAAGCUGAAGCAAGAAGGAACAUACAUUUCUUCGGUGUUUCAUUGUGACUUAAAUUAAACCAUAAUUUGAAUGUUUUCUCCUUAAUUUCUUAUUAAAGUGGAGAUGUGUAGUAUUAAUAUUGAUAUGGCAGGUGGAUAUUGGUACUGUAAGUCAUGGAAAUCCUAGUAGACAUAAGAAUCUAGAAUUCCUGUUUUUUCAAUAGUUAAUAAACCUGUGUUGAAAUAAGUGUAUUUUGGGGGCUAGGUUUUCCUAUUCAUUAAAGCCUGGCAAAAAAUAGACAUUCCAAUCUUAAAACAACAAGCAAACAAAGAGUAUGAGAACACUCCUCUUUCUAUGAGAUUGCAAACAGACCAUGGCAUGAAAGCACAGAUUUUAUUAUGGUGAUUACAUUCUACUUUUUCUAGAUAGCAUUGUUGUGUUUAUGUCAAAAAUUAUAUUUUUAUAUGAAUAGUGCAUUUUUCUCCAAUUUAAGAGCUAUUGUUAAAGAUUGAAGAUGAAAAAUUAAAGAUUGAAGAUGAAAAAUAAUGUCUUGAGUCAGUAUUGUAUAUCUAUCCAUAUAGUUUGUCCAGAAAGAAAUGAAAUCAAUAUUUCUGAAAUUAUAAAUUGCAAGUAAAAACUGCUAAUUUGGACAUUGCUAUUGUAUCAAGAUCUACAAGAAACAUGGAUAAUUGGGAAGUUUCUAGCAAUUAGGUAUUGUUUGUAUUGAUGAGAAUGGUACCAUUUAUUUUUCCUUAUUUCAGACUCAGUACCACAUACAUUAUUUUAUCCUGAUAUUUGUCUUCAUUAUCAUGAAGGCUACUUUUUUUGUAAGAAUAUUUAAGUUUCUUAAAGGAAGAGAAAAUUUUGUACUUUAGAAGUGAGCCAACUAAUAAGCAUCUUGGAACAUCAGAAUUUUGUAAGUUCCAGCCAGUCAAACUUUUUCUUUAGACUUAUGAGAUGUAACCACAAGCUCUCUCACAGUAGAUGAAUGAUUGGCAUCACCAAUAAACCUCCAAGCAG